CACACCUUCUGGAACCCCGCCGAGUUCACACUCCUCGGAGGCUCAGGGCGCGGCGUUCGGCGUUCGCUCUCCAGGGCUUGCCAACGCCUCUGGGACUCCUCCCACGGGACCCUGCAAGAGCUGCUGGACCGGGAGCAGCCCCUGCUUGAACCGGUGCCCAAUCAGGAGCGGCAGUCCUUCCAGUACAGGCUCUCGUCGCUCUACCUGUGCUACCUGGGGCUGCUGCGCCGGUUCGACACCCUGUAUGACCAGAUGGUGCAACCGCAGAAGAGGCGGCUGCUGCGCCGCCUGCUGGACAGCGUGGCGGGCCGCGUGCUGGAGCUCAAGGAGGAGCUGGUGCGCGUAGACCUGUGCGAGACCCACUGCCUGGACCGCGUGCUUCAGGACCUCACGCUCACCCCGGCAGACCUGGAGGUUCCAAUCCCCAAAUACUUUGUGCUGGAGCAGUCCAGUGUUCUGAGGGAGCGAGAGCUGAUGCUGGCAGAGAUCCUGUCCAGAAUGGGGUCGCUGUCCUUCGAGGAGGGCGUUCCAGCAAUGCACCGCACUGAUGCCAUAAUCUUACUGCAAACGGCUGAGCGGGCCAGGCAGGGCCGGCUCCGAGCCACCUUCAUGCGAGAGAUUCGGGGAGAGGAAGAGAGGAAUCAGAAGAUGAUGGAGGGCGGGUGGUACAAGUUCAGUCAUGACCAAGCAGCUAUCACCAUACAGAAGGUGUGGAGAGGCUACCUGCAGAGGAAACGCACUCAGCAGGACCGGCAAAGGGAGAUGGAGUUCAUCGGUAUGCUCCCCUCUCCCAAGCGGGGGGAACCCUUGGGCGACGUGUCCCAGGCCUGCCCCGGGGAGGACGCUGGGAGGCGCCGCCAGAUGGAGAAGGAAGAGGAGUUCCAACUGGCGCUGGUGAAGACCCAAGACGCUCUCAGAGAGACCGAGGGGCCCGUCAUGAAGGAGAAAAUGCAGGAGCAGAUCCGACAGUGGCUCAUCGAGUGCCAUGCCCUUACUGGCCGAUUCCCUGAUUAUCCAGAUGAGUCUUUAGGUGGAUCCUACCUGAUCUUUGCAGACAAGACUCCAGCACAGGUGAAAAUGGAACUGGAGAUGCAGGUCCAGGAAACCAAGAAAAAGAACCAAGAGAAAAAUAAGGAAAAAGAAAUGGAGAAAAAAGAGAAGAAGAAGAAAGGGAAGGAAAAAAAGACGAAGGUGGAGGAAGCAGAUAAAAUGCUGAAAGUGUUGCCGUCCAAAUUUAUACCCAUGAUUAAUGCUGGACAUGAGGAGUAUAAAAAUCUGUGGAAGAACCCGUAUGACAGCUUACACCCCCGUCAGAGUUUCGACCCCGAGACCCUCCGGGUGGAGAAGAGGAAGGAGUUGGAGCUGGAGAUCCGGACACAGGUGGACGAGCUGAUGCGUCAAGAGCUAAAGAACCUGCGCCUGGCUGUGGACAGGGAGGAGGGGAGACUCUUGAAACUUCCAAAGAAAAACACUGGGAAAAAAGCUGGGAAGAAGAAGAAGGAGAAAGACCUGACCUCAACCAGGUCCGUGGACUCUCUGUUUGAAGAGCUCGUUAUCUUGGGCUUUCUAAAGAAGAGCAAGACCGUGGCAUUGAAAGACUAUGUGGGUGACUGCCUCUAUCUUGGAUCUACUCUGAGUUUGGCCAAGAAGUUGCCCAUGCCUUCCCUGUUUGACAUACGACAGAACAUGGCCUUGUACGGGGUCCUUCGGCUCGGUUCCUCAGAAAUACACGCCAUGGCUCCCCACAUCCGCUCCCUCCUCCUGGUGGGCCCCUCCGGCACGGGGAAGAGGAUGCUGGUGAACGCGGUGUGCACGGAAACCGGCGCCAACCUGUUCGACCUGUCACCCGGCAACCUGCAGGACAAAUACCCUGGCAAGACCGGGGUGCAGAUGAUAGUACACAUCGUCUUCAAGGUGGCUCGACUCCUACAGCCCUCUGUGAUCUGGAUUGGGAAUGCCGAGAAGAAUUUCUAUAAGAAGGUCCCAAAAGACGAGAAGGAGAUGGACCCAAAGCGAAUAAAGAAGGACCUCACCAAGGCCCUGCGGCUGCUGAAGCCCGGAGACCGCGUGAUGCUCAUAGGAACCACUGAGCGGCCCCAGCUGGCUGAGAGAAAGGGGCUGUGCCAGGCCUACGAGCGGGUCGUCAUCAUGUCGCGCCCCGAUUACGCUUCCCGCUACGUGCUCUGGAAGCAUAUGCUCGAGGCCCAGGGAGUCCAGGUGACCCCGAGCCUGGACAUCAGUGCCCUGGCCAAAGUGUCCGAAGGCUACACAGCUGGCCGCAUUCUCAAAGCCAUCCAAUCCGUGCUGACCAAGCGGCGGCUCGUAUGGUUGCCCAAGCGGCCCCUGGUGGCCUCAGAGUUCCUGGGUCAUCUGGCGAAGCUGGAUCCGGUGUACCGAGAGGAGGAGGAGUCCCUGAAGGACUGGUACUUCAACACCCCGCUGGGCAAGAAAAUGGCGAAAUUUGCCAAGGACCAGGAGGCCGAGGCGGCCAGGCUGGCAAAGGAGAGGAAGCAACGGAAGUGA